AAUUACAAAAAUACCCCCAUCAUUUCAUCUAAUUGCAGGGAAGCUCUCCGCUCAUUUCAUUCAAAUCCAGCAAUUCCUCAAGCAUAUAAAUCCUAUAAACCAAAUAUCUGUAUUUAAAUUUUCCCUUUGAAAAUCGCCUCCUCCUUGUUAUAGAUUCAAAUGGGAGCGGCGAGGCGACGAUCGAGAAGCUGCAUUUGCUGGCUUUUUGUGUUUGCAAUCUUGAUUUUUGUUAUCGUCGCUGUAGUUAUCAAAUUUAAAGGGAAAUUAAUCCAUCCAGAUAUAGUUCCUGGCCGGCCGGGUCCGAUCGUGAAGAAGUAUGCUGAAGCUCUGAGUAUCGCCGUUCAAUUCUUCGACGUGCAGAAAUCUGGCAAAUUGGUGGAUAACAAGAUAUCUUGGAGAGGUGAUUCAGCUCUAAAAGAUGGAAGCAAAGCUGGACUGGAUCUGUCGAAAGGAAUGUACGAUGCCGGAGAUCAUGUUAAGUUUGGUUUGCCAAUGGCUUUCACAGCAACGAUGCUGUCAUGGGCCAUCCUCGAAUAUGGAGAUCAGAUGAAAGCAACAAAACAACUGGUGUCCUCACAAAACUCACUCAAAUGGAUCACGGAUUAUUUGGUCAAUUGUCAUCCAUCUAAAGAUGUGCUCUAUAUUCAGGUGGGUGAUCCUGGUGUGGACCAUGACUGCUGGCAGAGGCCAGAAACCAUGGCCGAAGAAAGACCUCUUACACAGGUGAACAAAUCUUCUCCAGGAACAGAGGUUGCAGCUGAAACUGCUGCGGCUCUCGCAUCAGCUUCUCUGGUUUUCAAAGCCAUCAACUCCACGUAUUCAGAUUUGCUUCUUGAGCAUGCUGAACAGCUAUUUACAUUUGCUGACACUCAUAGAGGUUCUUACAGUAUCAGCAUUCCACAAGUCCAGAAAUUCUACAACUCCACAGGAUAUGAAGAUGAGCUAUUGUGGGCUGCUGCCUGGCUCUAUCAUGCAACUAGUGACACAUCAUACCUUAAGUAUGUCACUGUAGAAAAUGGAGAGGAGUUCGCGGAUUGGGAAGAACCAUCAUGGUUUAGUUGGGACAACAAACUUGCAGGAGCACAGGUUCUUAUUUCCAGGGUAAGCUUCUUUGGCUCAGAUAAGGCCUCAAAGGAAGAGAAAGUUGGCCUCCAGUUGUACAAGAAAACAGCCGAAGCGGUUAUGUGCGGUCUUAUACCAGACUCCCCAUCGGCCACAUCCAGUAGAACAGAUAGUGGCCUGAUAUGGGUAAGCGAAUGGAAUUGUCUGCAGCACACUACAGCCUCUGCAUUCCUUGCUCUAGUUUACAGUGAUUACAUGUUCACAUCUCAGACACCAGACCUUUAUUGCAGUGGGAAUUCCUACUCACCUAAAGAUCUCCGUGAUUUUGCAAUUUCACAGGUCGACUAUAUAUUGGGUGACAAUCCUAUGAAGCUGAGCUAUCUUGUUGGAUAUGGGGAGGAUUACCCACUUCAGGUGCACCAUAGGGGAGCUUCAAUUCCGGCCGAUGUGAAGACAGGCUGUAAGGGCUUCAAGUGGCUAGAGUCGACUGAACCCAACCCGAACGUUGCUGUGGGAGCACUCGUAGGUGGUCCGUUCUUCAAUGAAACGUAUAUGGACAUCCGUAAUAAUUCCAUGCAAGGAGAACCCACCACUUACAACAGUGCCUUCAUCAUGGGCCUCCUCUCUGGUUUGGUUACGAGAUCCUCUGUGGUUGAAUCAUUUGACUAGUCCAUAUGUGUUCCUUGCUAACUAAUCACUAUUGAUGUUUGUAUACUGUAUUAAUACAGUGGGAGGCUGGUUCUUGUACAACUGUUGUAAGGGAGAAUUUUGGGCAACUACUAACUUGUGGGGACCACUGUGGUGUGUGUAUGGCAUCCAACCCAUCCAACAGGAGGUCCAUCAUGAAAAUGGUGUACCCAAAAAUCAGGCAAUCCAAUCAUCAGGUGCUGGUCCACCAUAGAAAAUUAAUGGACAACUUCCCAAAAACCUCUAUCUUCAUAUUGUGGCCCACCUGAUUAUUGGAUCAGCCUGAUUUGAGGCAUUCCAUUUUCAUGGUGGGAUGACUCUGCCGGACAGGUUGAAUGCCUUACACUAACCUUAGUGUGCCCCACAAUCAACUAGUUGCACAAAAUUCUUCUCUACAAGAACUUGACUCUAAAUACGGAGAAUGUAGAGUAAUUUAGCUUGGGGAACAUUCUUUUGCCAUGUUAGCAGCAUUUGGGCCAUGUCAACUUUCACAUCUUCAAGCUAUCCUUUAUAUAGAGCCAUUGAUUGGUUGUUUUCA